GACCAUCCUGGAUAUUGUUCACAACGGCGACGACGAUAAAAUCACUAUCCAGUAGUUCCUGUACAACCUUUACAAUGUCUGCAGCAGUUGCUAUUCCUCACCACACGCUAUCAGAGACCCCCAAUUCGCGGACGAUAGAGAUCAAUGGCUGGGUUAUAACCGCUUCAACAAAUCCAAUAUCUAACGCGUCGGACUGUGAUGCACUCCAAGCAUCUUUGGGCUUUGCGCUACCGGAGAUGACAUUUGGCAGCAACUAUCUGUCGUUGGAACAUGUCCCUUCGGAUUGGAAGCUCACUUUCGAUACUCACAGCGCCCUAAAGGCUGUAAAGAAGGGGGAAUUUGAGGAAGGCGACGGAGGGGUCAAGGUUGGCUAUGCAGAUGCUUGGCUAAAGAGUCGCACAGAUCCAGGGUCUAACCUUCCUAUGCCAAAAACAGUACCAACCAAGCCGUACGAUUGGACUUAUACGACCACAUAUGCUGGUCACUAUCCUGCAUCGGGAACAGAGCCACUGUCAGACCUCCCUUCAUCGAGUCCUAUACCAUGGGAUGUUGCCGAUCCAGAACAACCAUCUCAUUCAAUCCCAUUAUCUGAGCUUACCCGGCCCGAUCCCAUCAUGUUUUAUGCAGAAAUUCCUCUCUUCGAAGACGAGCUUCAUGAUAACGGCUCAUCAAGUCUUCUCGUCAGAAUACGUGUAAUGCCGACAUGCAUAUUCAUUCUGUCUCGAUUCAUUCUUCGAGUUGACAACGUCUUGUUUCGAACACAUGACACUCGAAUAUAUCACGCCUUCUCUUCGACAACACCUCUCGUCAUACGUCAAAUCAGUGGAUGGGAAGCUCCUUACGAUAGAGUGAAACGGCUACUUCCAAAGAGAGAUGAUAUGACUCCUCUCACUGAUCCCAAUUUUAUUGCAAAAGCUCUGACUGAGAUGCCACCAGAGGCGUCACAAAGGACUGGGGCUGGAACGCGCUGGCGAGGCCUAGGAACAAAGGUGGAAAUUGCAUCCUUGGUUUCCCCUGAUAGUUCUUCAACAUGAAGUUAACAACUAGUUUGGAAUGGAAAUCGCAGAAGUAAUUUUAAAUGUAUCCCUAGUCUCAGCCAUCUCAAACCGCAGUCCUCUGAUGGACUUUUAUUUUCCCUUAU